AGUUCCGACCUGCUUUUAGGCCUACGCGAAGCCUAGGGAGGGGGAUAGAAGCAGCUGCGCCCCCCUUCCCGCGGCGGACAUCCCCUGCUUUUCCGGCUCUGCUUGCUGCCGCGUGCGCCAGGGCUGUGCACCCCGGAGGCCCCAGCCAUGUCGAUGCUGCCGUCGUUUGGUUUUACGCAGGAGCAAGUGGCGUGCGUGUGCGAAGUUCUGCAGCAGGGCGGGAACUUGGAGCGCCUGGGCAGGUUCUUGUGGUCGCUGCCAGCCUGCGACCACCUGCACAAGAACGAGAGCGUGCUCAAGGCCAAGGCAGUGGUCGCCUUCCACCGCGGCAACUUCCGCGAGCUCUACAAGAUCCUGGAGAGCCACCAGUUCUCGCCUCACAACCAUCCCAAACUGCAGCAACUGUGGCUGAAAGCGCACUACGUGGAGGCCGAGAAGCUUCGUGGCCGACCCUUGGGUGCUGUGGGCAAAUAUCGGGUGCGCCGAAAAUUCCCGCUCCCGCGCACUAUCUGGGACGGAGAAGAGACCAGCUACUGCUUCAAGGAGAAGUCGCGGGGCGUGCUGCGGGAAUGGUACGCGCACAACCCCUACCCCUCGCCGCGGGAGAAGCGGGAGCUGGCCGAGGCCACCGGCCUCACCACCACCCAGGUCAGCAAUUGGUUUAAGAACCGGAGGCAAAGAGAUCGGGCCGCCGAGGCCAAGGAAAGGGAGAACACGGAAAACAAUAACACCUCCUCCAACAAGCAGAAUCAACUCUCUCCUCUGGAAGGGGGCAAGCCACUUAUGUCCAGUUCAGAAGAGGAAUUCUCACCUCCCCAAAGUCCAGACCAGAACUCCGUCCUUCUGCUGCAGGGCAAUAUGGGUCAUGCCAGAAGCUCAAACUAUUCUCUCCCUGGCCUCACAGCCUCACAGCCCAGCCACGGCCUGCAGGCCCACCAGCACCAACUCCAGGACUCUCUCCUCGGCCCUCUCACCUCCAGUCUAGUGGACUUGGGUUCCUAAGUGGGAAGGGGCUUAGGCCUCCAAGGGAUGGCUUGAUCAACAACCAAACUAGGGACACUUGUAAAUAGAAAUCAGCAGCUUGUUUCUGGGGUUCUUUGCAUAUAAAGGAAUGGUGGACUUCUUUCACAAAUAUCUUUUUAACAAUCAACAGUGGUCAGUGGUCUGGAGCAUAGUCUCCCUUUUCUUCCACUCUCUCCACUUUUUCAUUUUCCCUCCUAGUGAAGAGAUGGGGGGGGGGGGGAACUAACAAAACCACCCAGUCUUGCUGGUUCUGAGCAACCCGGGAACCCACUUCAAGAGCCUUUCUUUCUUUUUUUUCCUUCCUUCUUUUUUCAUUCUUCCUUCCCUCCUUCCUUCUCUCUUCUUUUUCUUUUUGAAUGACAAGUCAACUGGAUUUUAAUUAUUUCCUUUUAAUUUAUUUAUGGAGAAAUAUUUUUGGGAAGAGGAAGAGGAAAUGAAGAAAGAGAUAGAGAUCAAAAUAGUAGUGAAAAUAAGAGCCUCCAGCUUGGGAGGAAACUGGUUGCAUUCUUGAGAUAAAUAGAAAAAAUACUUUUUUUGAUGGGAAGAUUAAGUUUACAUUUUCAUAUUUAGUGUUAAAUAAUUUUAUGUAGGUUAAAAUAAAAGAACAGUAUUAGGGGAAAAAACAAGUGCCUAAAUGUCUUAAUACUCUUUAUCUGAGACAGAAGUAGAGGUGAGCAUUAGUUAUACAAUUAUUUUUGUCAAAUUUAGAGGGAGUUUGGUUGUUUAUUUUCUUGGUUUUUUAAAACGACAAACUAAAAAUGUACUAAUGUGAAACAAAACAAAAGCAAACGCUUCCCUGGAUGCCAUUAUUUCUCAUGCUGUCAGAGGUUUCAUAUCUGUAGCCUACUCCUGCAGGUUUCUCCUCUUCCCAGUUUCUAGCUUACAAAAGGGAUGUCGACAAAUCUGGCAACCUGCUAUUUGUUACUAAAACAGCAUGUGUUUUCAGGCUUCUUUUCUAUUGUACCUAAACCAGUCUAAAUUAAAACUUAGUAGAACACCA